AUUCACGAAUUCACGGUCGCGGUCAACAAUUUAUAUAAUAAUAUGUUUAGCUAACGAGAAAUAACAAUUGGAUCCGAUCGUAAAUAGCCCCUCCCCCACCAUGUUUCGUCGUCAAUUUGGUGUUAUAAUCCGCUGUACGCGACAUGCGACACCACUGUUGUGCAGAACGCACCGACUGGUUGCAAUCCAAACCUGCCAUGCGAGUCGAUUGAGUCCUUUUCCGGAAUAUGAGGAGCGUGUCCGGGCGGGCAAACUGAUGCCCGACGACAGACAACUGGAGACAAUGAAGCACCUAGAUGCUCUUUACCACAGGAUUCACGGCUACACACCCAGAGAGCAAAGCGGAGGCAGCAGUGGCGGUUUCUUCAGCUCCAUCUUUGGUCGGAGAAGAACCCACGCCGAUGACGCGGCAGAUGACUUAAACGCAGGCAGCCAUGCCCCAAUGGGGCUGUACCUCUAUGGCAGUGUGGGUGUGGGGAAGACAACCUUAAUGGACCUGUUCUACGACUGCUGCAGUCAGAUUCCUCGCAAGCAACGUGUUCACUUUACUGCCUUCAUGAACAGUGUUCAUGGACGAAUACACGAGGCGAAGGAACGGCAGGGUCCCAUCGAUCGGGCCUUUAAUUCGGAGAAACCAGCUCCUUUUGAUCCAACGGAACCCGUGGCAGACAUCAUAGCCAGCGAGUCCUGGCUGAUAUGUUUUGAUGAGUUUCAGGUCACCGACAUAGCCGACGCCAUGGUGCUGAAGCGACUCUUUACGCAUCUAUUCAGGAAGGGCAUCGUGAUAAUUGCCACCAGCAAUCGGCAUCCCGAGGAUCUGUAUAAAAAUGGCCUGCAACGGACAAACUUUCUCCCGUUCAUAGACCUGCUGCAAAGGCGCUGCCAGCUGGCCAAGCUGGACUCCAUCGAUUAUCGCCGCAUUGCCCAGUCCGGCGACACCAACUACUUUGUCAAGGGCCAGAGCGAUGCGGAGGGCAGCAUGAAUCGCAUGUUUAAGAUACUGUGCGCCGAGGAGAACGAUAUCAUUAGACCGCGCACCAUCACUCACUUUGGACGGGAUCUUACCUUCAGUCGCACGUGUGGUCAGGUCUUGGACAGCAGCUUUGAAGAGCUCUGCAAUCGCCCUCUGGCGGGUAGCGACUAUCUGCAGAUCUCUCAGUUCUUUCACACCGUCCUCAUCAGAGAUGUGCCCUCGCUGAACCUAAACAUUAAGUCACCAAUGAGGCGAUUUAUAACGCUUAUAGAUACGCUAUACGACAACCGAGUGCGCGUGGUAAUAUCAGCCGACUAUCCGCUGGACAAACUAUUCCAGGUGACCGAUCCCGCUGACAUUUCAGACACUGAUCGCAUUCUAAUGGACGACCUGAAAAUCAAACAUGGCACACACGAUUCCAAGUCUAGCGUGUUCACCGGGGAAGAGGAGUUGUUCGCCUUUGAGCGUACGAUUUCAAGGCUGUACGAGAUGCAGAAACGUGAAUACUGGGAGCAGUGGGCAAAGCAUCGCUGAGACAGGCCCCCAGAGCAGGCCUCAGACCACAAAAGAAAAGCAAUAGUUUUAUUAGUGCAAAUGCAUAAAUUAUUCGUAUACCUCAUGUCGAAGUACACUUUUAAAGUUUUC